AUGGAUUACUAUCCAGAUAUCGGAGCUAUGAUGACUGGCAAUCGAGAUGAGGAUGCUAACCUCGUCAACCAUGUUCUUGGACAGAUUUGGGGCAUUAUGGAUGGCGAUAAGGCUCUUGCAAAAAGGACUUGGUAUCGGGUCAACAAGGUGAGAUCGGCAGAAGAGGCGCAGCUGAACUCGCUUUCCAAGCUCACAGAAGUCGAUCCAUCCACCAAGUCUCUACUAGAGCAGGAGGAAUCUAUAUGGUCUCAUGAUCCGUCCGCUUUCUGGGGUCGAACUCAACUAGGUCAGGCUCGAAGACUUGACCCACAAGGGCAAAUUGUUCAAUUCUACAUGCAAAGGAGCACAGAUGACGCGUAG